UUUAUGCUACUGUCCUUUCUAAGCCAAAAUGUUAAAUGUGUAUUUUUUUCUUCUUUCUCAUUUUUCUGCUGCAUAUCUUCAGGUAUCGUUGUUUUGUCUCCCUCGUUUGUUUUUUCAAACCCCUCUCAUCUCAUCUGAGUGAAUGUGGAGCGCGCGCGCGCAGCAUAUGGACAGCGCGUGUCCUGCUGCAGCUCAGAGGCUGAAAGACGCACAGCUGAUAAUCUGCUCUAAUCGUUUAAUUUUGCCCAGUGUGGCCUUUGCAGGUGCUCAGGUGAAGCUGGUGAAGCCACAUCCGCCCGCUGUCUGGCCUCGAUUCCGUCCUCGAGCUUCAACUUCGCGCGCUUCGUCCUGCUUUUCUGCGCGGGGGGAACUUUUCGGAGCGCGCGCUCCCAGACUUUCCCGUUAGUUGUUCCUUUGAGACGCGGAGGCGCAUCUGCUCUUCACCUCAGCCCCUUAUUAGCAACAUGAUGAGAAGCAGGAACUUUCCCCAAAGUCCACCCCGCCCUUGAUGACAGGACGCUGGCCGCAGUGCUGUGGCUCUCCCCGGGACGCACCGACCGCAGAGCCGCGGCGGAGAUGGCGGCCAACGCGAGCGCGGCGGCGGCGGCGGCGGGGCAGGACGCGGCGGCGGGACACAACCCGCUGGCGCUGGUGUUCGGCGUGCUGCUGAUCGUGGUGAUCAUCUGCGGGAACCUGCUGGUGUGUCUGAGCGUCAUCACGGAGAGGGCUCUGAAGACCACCACCAACUACUUCAUCGUGAGUCUGGCGGUCGCAGACCUGAUGCUGGCGGUGCUCGUCCUGCCGCUCUUCGUCUACUCGGAGUUCCAGGAUGGUGUCUGGACCCUCAGUACCACGAUCUGUGAUGGGUUAAUGACCAUGGACGUCAUGCUGUGCACCGCCUCCAUCUUCAACCUCUGCGCCAUCAGCAUCGACAGGUUCAUUGCUGUGUCGAUCCCUCUGAACUACAACAGGAAGCACGUGGACCUGCGUCAAACUGUUCUGCUGUCAGCCACUUGGAUCUUGGCCCUGGCCGUGGCCUCCCCAAUCUUGUUUGGUAUCAACAACAUCCCAAACCGGGACCGUGGAGAGUGUAAGCUGGAGAACGACGACUAUGUGCUCUACUCGUCCGUGUGCUCCUUCUUCAUCCCCUGUCCCAUCAUGGUGCUGCUAUACUGCGGGAUGUUUCGAGGACUGCACCGCUGGGAGGAGGCCCGGAGAGCCAAGCUCAAGAGCAGCAUCCAGGCCUGCCGCAAACUGCAGGAGGCUGCGUCCUCCCUGCCUCCUUUGGCCUCCCUGCCUCCGCCACUGCCCCCCAUCAUAGAGAGGGAACCGAGUGAUAUGCCGGGCGAGCAGCCCGAAUUGCCGCCUGUGGACCAGCCACAUAAUUCUGAGUGCAAACGCUCUGUACCCACUGUAAGCUUUGCAGAAAUCAAGUUUGACCCUAACCCUAACAGAAAAAAGAGGGCCAAAAUCAACAGCCGAGAGAGGAAAGCCAUGAGGGUGCUUCCGGUUGUUGUCGGUGCCUUUCUCUUUUGCUGGACCCCCUUCUUUGUUCUUCACAUCAUGCGAGCGCGUUGUCAUGACUGCCAAAUCCCAUCGGCUUUGAUGAGCUUGGUAACGUGGCUCGGCUACGUCAACAGCGCCCUCAACCCCAUCAUCUACACCAUCUUCAACACUGAGUUCAGGAACUUUUUCAAAAAGGUUUUGCACCGCUGCUGCUCAUAGAAGAACCCCCAGCUGCUGGGAAGACUCUAAACAUCUGGAGUCUGCUCACGCCCUCAAUCUCUGUCCUCUGAGGUUUCUACUUCUAACAGUACAGUUUGUCUUCUUAUCAGCACUUUCAACAGCUUUAAGGUAAAACUUCAUUUACAGUUUUUCUCAGUCGCUUUAGUACAUUUCUCAGAUCAGAAUUGAAGUUUGCAAAUACGUGUGUGCAUU